AUGUCACUUCAUCUGAACGCGCCGAUGGCACACGACUGCCGUGACAAGGAGGACCUGGCUCAAAUAGCCUUCAAGAAUCCUCUGCGUACGGAGAAUCAAAGGCUUUCUGAGGAGAAUGCUAGGCUGAAGAGAAUCCUGCUCUCGCACUCCCUUUCCUGGUCUCCCGCCUCCCAGGCUUUUUUGGCUGGCAAGGGAAGCUGCACUCAGCGCAAGACGAGGUCCUCCAUGAGCAACCCACAGAAGAGCGGCGGCCUAUAUCUACCGGCCGAGAUUGUUUUACGCGUUCUCAAAUUUGCUGUGCAGAGUCACCACCCGAUUCUCGAUCCAUUGUCGCCAUCAAAUCCGGCUCACAUGACCGAGGCUGAGAAGAAUCGGGGGAAUCAAGUUGCCGUCAACUUUCUCGUCACUUGCAAAGCGAUUCAUGUAGAGGGCACCAAACUCUUCUGGAAAUCAAACACAUUUGUUUUCACAACACCUGAAGCACUCACGACGUUUGGUGCUUUGAGUGCUGGCUUUCGGGAGGACAUCCGCCACAUCACCAUUCGCGUCAUUGCCAGGUACUACGAUGAUCAAAAAACGCGGAAGUUGAAAUUGCCUGCCACCUACCACACUGAUUUGAAGAGGGACAUGAAGCUCAAGGUCGCCCAGCGACCCAAAGAAGAUCUUGUCAACUUUACUGAUCGGUACCUGCCGCCAUCCGGCGCCGAACUCCAUGACGUCGCAUCGCACGAAUUCGGCUGCACAUUGAACGAGUUGCAGAUCACAGGGAUGCCCGACGGCGAUAUUGGAAGCAGAGCAAACGCGGAACUCAGCGGUAUGCUCAAAGACGAGGGUCUAUUCAUGGACGGCAUCGCAGCAUACUGGGCACCCUCGGCAGGACAGCUGCAGCCACUGCGAGGUUACUAUUGGGCACCUCGCGUUGUGCGCGCCGCAAUGGAGGAUUUCAGUGAUGACGAGGAUGACCUUUUGGGGUUCGACGGAGAGAUCACGGCGUGGUACAACCAGGGGCACUCGCAUAAAGGGUUUGCCCCUCCGGCACCAUCGGAAGAAGGGUGCCCAGAGACUUGUAUGCCCCGGGACGAGUACAUCUGGAAGCGGGUGCCAAGAGGCCGGGACGAAGACUCUCGUGACUGGGUUCUGUUUGAUCGUCGCACUGGCCGGGAGCAUUUCGAUGAAGAUGAGGACCUCUGCCCCUGUUGCGGCACGUGGCACGAGUCCGUUUACGGUGCAGAUGAUUUGGACCUGAGUCUAGACUAA